GGUCCCAUCCCACAAAUGAACCUCAUCAGCGGUAUAUGGCAUACAAUCCAAUCCAGAAAAGAAACAAGAGCUAAGGGUAUUAUGGUAAAACCGUGCAUCUCAUGAUCUGUCUGUCUGACAUCACACUCACGACUCACAUACAUUUGGAUUGAAGAUUAAUGGAUGUGUUGUUCAUCUUUCUUGGGAGAGCCUUCUUCAAAGUAAGCUCUCCCUAGAAUCAAUCUCUUCAAAUUACACACACCACCCAAAGGAAGAGGAGGGAGAUGGGAAGGGCAUUUCUGUAUGUGAUUCUCGGAGGAGGGGUGGCUGCUGGCUAUGCAGCUCUUGAAUUCACAAAGAGAGGCAUCUCUCAUGGUGAACUCUGCAUAAUUUCUGAAGAACCAGUGCCGCCUUAUGAGAGACCUGCUUUAAGCAAAGGCUUUCUACUUCCUGAAGCGGCUGCACGCCUUCCAUCAUUUCACACUUGUGUUGGUGCUAAUAAGGAAAGGUUAACGCCUAAAUGGUAUAAGGAGCAUGGGAUCGAAUUAGUUCUUGGAAGUCGAGUUAAGUCUGUUGAUGUGAGACGCAAGACACUGUUGACAGGAUCUGGAGAGACCAUAAGUUACAAAGUUCUCAUCAUUGCAACAGGUGCUCGGGCACUGAAGCUUGAAGAAUUUGGAGUGAAAGGAUCAGAUUCUGAAAAUGUGUGCUAUUUACGAGAUUUGGCUGAUGCAAAUAGACUUGUCAACUUGAUGGAAUCUUCCUCUGGUGGGAAUGCUGUUGUCAUUGGUGGUGGCUACAUUGGAAUGGAGUGUGCUGCAUCAUUGGUGAUCAAUAGGAUGAGUGUAACAAUGGUUUUCCCAGAAGAACAUUGCAUGGCCCGAUUGUUCACACCCAAGAUCGCAAGUUUUUAUGAAGAAUUUUACAAGUCCAAAGGAGUAAAGUUCGUUAAAGGAACCAUUUUGUCCUCGUUUGAUAUUGACUCGAAUGGGAAGGUCACAGCUGUUAAUCUUAGAGAUGGAAGUAGUCUUCCUGCAGACACGGUUGUGGUGGGAAUAGGAAUCCGUCCCAACACAAGCCUAUUUGAAGGUCAACUUACACUGGAGAAAGGUGGGAUCAACGUGAAUGGGAAGAUGCAGUCGAGCAAUAGCUCAGUCUAUGCAGUGGGAGAUGUUGCCACAUUCCCUGUUAAAGUAUUUGGCGAGUCCCGAAGGCUUGAACACGUCGACUCAGCCAGAAAAUCCGCAAGACAUGCUGUUGGUGCAAUAAUGGAACAAAACCAAGCGGGCGAAUUCGACUAUCUACCAUUCUUUUACUCCAGAGUCUUCACCCUGUCAUGGCAGUUUUAUGGGGACAAUGCAGGAGAUGUGGUCCAUUUUGGAGAUUUCUCAGGAGGCACAUUCGGAGCUUAUUGGGUAAGAAACAGCCAUCUUGUUGGUUCUUUCCUUGAAGGUGGUACCAAGGAAGAGUAUGAAGCUAUAGCCAAGGCCACGAGGCUGAAGCCAGCAGUUGAGGACUUGGCCGAGUUGGAAAGGCAAGGCUUGGGUUUUGCUGUGACUGUUAGUGAGAAACCGCCACCGUCACCGCCUCGUGAUGUUAUUGGUUCUGGCAUAGUUCUGGAGAGACCAAUAUAUGCAUUGCAUGCAACCGCUGGUGUUGUUCUGGCUGCAUCAGUAGCGGCGUUUGCAUUCUGGUACGGAAGGAAGCGCAGAAGGUGGUGAGCAGCUGUUUGUUUGGGUUGAUGUAUAAUGUAUUAUACCCCCAUGUUGUGUGGCAUUGAUAGGUGUAGGAGAUUUACAUACUUCAAAUAUUUGGUCGUAUUUAUUGAAGCAAAACUGUAGUUUAAAAUAAUUAAUUAAUACAAAAAUUAUAUACAUCCUUAUACGAAAAA